AACACGCACACAUUAAUCGUCGCUAACAUUACACAUUGUAUUGCUCCACUCGCUAAGUUCCGAACGUGUUGGUGUGUGCCCUUGACAAGAAAAACAGACAACAAAUCGCGUAGAAAAUAUUAUUAACGAGUUUACUAAACCAACGAUGUGCAGGAUCUUUUCGAAAAUCGGGUCUCCCAAAAUGCCUUGAAAAUUUCGGGUCUCUCAAAACAAUGUUCGAAAUUUGAAAAUCCUUCAUCGUUUCGUUCAAAAAGUGCAAGUAGUGCGUUACUUUAAAAAAAAAUCGGGAGCGGAAAGUUUGGGCCUGUGAAAAUAAUUAUUUCUUUAAAAUUAUGGAUUAUAAUGUUUCAAGAUUCGAGUGUUUUUUAAAAUGUGAAAGUUCGUAAAUAACAAACAUUUUCUUUUAAAAGUGAAUCGGUCUCUGAAAAUGCCUCCUUGAAAAUGUUAGGUCUUUCAAAAUGACAGUGCGUGUGUUCGAUAUUUGAAAGUUAGUGAAAGAAAAUGAAGUGGGUGGCGCUAUUGUCGCUGAUUUUCGCGAACUUAGUAAAAGAGCCGGCGCCGGUGGUGAGAGUGGGGAGUGGACUAGUCAGAGGGAUAGUGAGUGACGAUGGAAGGAUUUACAUGUAUCUGGGGAUCCCUUAUGCCAGUGUCGAUAAAAGGAAUCGAUUUCAGGCACCACUGCCUCCACCAAAAUGGGAAGGAAUCUUCGAAGCAAGAAACGAAAACACUCGUUGCCCUCAAAGAAUGUUUGGCCCCAUCAUAGUCGGAGACGAAAACUGCUUGAAACUAAACGUCUACACCCCAGUGGGCCAAACCCCAGAGAAACUUCUCCCAGUAAUGGUUUUCAUCCAUGGAGGAUGCUUCCUCGAAGGUGCUGGGACUACGUUUCUAUAUGGACCAGAUUUUUUCGUGCAACAUGGAAUUGUCUUCGUAGGAAUCAACUACAGAUUGAAUAUCGAAGGAUUCCUUUGUCUAGGUAUCAAAGAAGCGCCUGGGAACGCUGGGUUGAAAGACCAAAUCGCUGCUCUGAAAUGGCUGAAAAAAAACAUAGCAGCGUUUGGAGGUGACCCUGAUAAUAUCACAUUAUUUGGAGAAAGCGCAGGAGCUGUAUCCAUCUCAUAUUUAUUUCUAUCACCAGCAGCCAAAGGUCUGUUUCACAGAGCCAUUUUACAAAGUGGUGCCACAGUAGCUCCCUGGGCAAUUCAACAUGACCCAAUAAAAACAGCGGGUACAAUUUCCAAAGAAUUCGGUUACUAUGGCAGCGAUCCUCAUGAAAUCUACAAUGUACUUUCAAAUAGAAGUGUUGAAGAAUUAAUAUCUGCUAUCAAAUAUUCAAAACAUAGACAGUAUGUUACGGCAGAAACCCUAUUCGUUCCAUGCGUGGAGAAGAAUAUACCAGGAGUUAACUCAAUAAUAACUGAAUAUCCAACUGAUAUAAUCGAAUCAGGGAAUUAUAACAAAAUGCCUAUUAUAAUUGGCUACAACGACAACGAAGGUAUAUACUUCGUAAGUAAAACCCACGGUAGUGAAAUAAGCAAAAUCGAAGACGAAGUAGACCCUUACGAUUUCAUUCAAGAUGACUUAGAAUUCCCUUCGGAAGCGGUCAAAAAUGAUACAGUUACAAAUAUUUUGAAUCAUUAUUUAUCUUCGAAGAAAGAUCUGAUAAUGCAACUGGUAGACUUAUCAUCUGAUCUUCAUAUAAAGUAUCCGAGUGCUAUAGAAUCCAGUAUGUACGCUAAGACAACAGACCAACCUAUAUACUACUACCUCUUUAAAUACAACGGGUAUAUAAAUAUGGCGAAGUUUAUAUCAGGUUUUAUGUUCAAUGGAGGAGCUUCACAUGGCGAUGAGCUCAUGUACAUGUUCAAGCCGUAUACAUUUCCUUUGCCCACGAGAUAUUUUGAAAUGAAGAUGGUGGAACGUAUGGUCACUUUGUGGACGAACUUCGCCAAGUAUAGUGACCCAACGCCAAAGACGUCCAGCCUCAUCCCCAUCCGCUGGCGCGCGAGCCGCUCGUCCAACCCCAUGGCGCUGGUGAUCGACCGGCGCCUGCGCACCGCGCCGCUGUGGGACGAGGACAUGCUGCGCUUCUGGAACUGCACCUACUCCAAGUACAGGCGAAGGCGAUACGGGUUCAGACAUCUUAGCAACGAUUCUUAUGGCUAUUAUUAACUUAUCGUAUUGUUCAAGUCUUCAGGACAGGUAUGUUAUGUCACAAAAUCAGGACUUUAGAUAUUUUGUGAGCAAGUAUUGGAAACUAUUGCGAAAACCAUAAACCGAGAAGGCCUAGAGUGGAGACCGAGUACAAGUAAGAAUAUUGUGGAGUGCCCUCCAGCACGAUGGACUCACGAUAUAAAGAGGAUGACGGAAAGCGGCUGAACGUUCUAGAAGGUGGUGGCGCUGACUACUUAGUCCUUUAUCUAUUCAAUAGUGGACAUCUAUAGUCCAAAACUCGUAGACCCGUUAUAGAAGUGUAAUACAUAGAUGACGAAGACCUGGUCCUCAGAAAGGGCCCUGUAUAGGUACAUUUGUCGAGUAUAUUGUAUACGUUGAUCGAAAAACCACAUAAAGCACAUAUUCACUGAAAUAUAACAAGAUAAAGUUGAAAACUAAAACCCGACUGCGAUCGUCUUAAUAAACGUAGUCCAGUAGUUUAGGCACUACGGUGGAUAGUGCGGAUACGGUACAGAAUUU